AUGCGUUCGACCUUUGUUCUUCUUCUUACUUUAGGAUGUAUUAGUUUGGCUACUGCAUACCAGUGUUAUGUAUGUAGUAGUGCCAAUAACGCUGCGUGUGGUGAAUCGCUCAAAGCAACGGAUCUGAAUAGUAUCUUAAAGGUGGAAGUGCCUCCUGGCAGUGUAUGCGGGAAAGCCAACACUACAAUGCUUGGGACCGCUAUGGUGAUUCGUUAUGUAGGACCAAUUGCUGAAAUAUGCAUAGGAGGUACAACAAAGGGCUGUCAAACAAUGCAAUUCAUUAUAUCUGCGCUCAAUAAUCUGGCGAAUAUUUAUGCAGAAUACGCUGGGCAAUAUGAUAAAGCUGCAAAAUAUCAUGGACAAACAUUUGAACUUGAUCGAAAUACUAUUGCAACAUUGAUCAAUUUCGGUUUAACACUAGCAUCUGUGGAAGAGUAUUCAGCUGCAUCACAUUAUUUUGUAUCAACAUUGAAUAUUCUUAAGAAUCCCGAUGAUAUAGACUAUCUUCAUUACGGACUUUUAUCUAUCGAACAAUCGGUUGGUUCGAUGAAGAAGUGUGGUGCAGAAGAUUUACAAGAGUUGGAAUAUUAUAAAAAAGCUCAAACUAUUUACCUAUAUUCAAUUCCAUGA